AUGUCAAGAUCUCGACCCUCCCAAAAUCAAAUGAAACUUUUGGUUGAACUCAUGGCCAAAGAUCCCCAAUUGUGUUCCGGCAAAUUUACACCAUCGUUUACUCAUAAAAUAGCGAGAGAGAAAUGGGAAAAUAUAACAGUGCAAGUAAAUUCGUUGCCAGGAGCCCAAAAGAGUUGGGAUAAAUGGAAAAAAUCAUGGCAAGAUACUAGAUCAACCACCAAAACUAAAGCGGCAGCUAUAAAACGUCAUAUAUCGGGUACCGGCGGAGGUCCACCUUGUACCAUUGAAUUAAGUGAAAUUCAAAAAGACGCAUUACAUUUAAUGAGUCAAACAUCUAUAAGUGGCCACAUACAAUCAUCAGAAUCACUUGUUGACUUUGACUUUAAUGAUGUUUCUACAGAAAUUGUAUUAAUUGGUGGCAAUGAACUAUGUAAUGAAUCAAAGUGGAUUACGGAGUCAAGUUCUGAUAACAUUAAUUUUUCUAAUGAGAAUGAAAAUAUUCAAAUGCCAUCAUCCAAUGCUCCUAAUCCAAUUUCUAAUGAGAAUGAAAAUAUUCAAAUGCCAUCAUCCAUUGCUCUUAAACCAAUUUCCAAAGAAAAUGAAAAGAUUAAAAUGAAAAUAUCAUCAGAUGUUGCUCCUAAAACAAAUCUAAAAAGAAAAGCUAAUGUUGCAUUCGGGUUAGGGGAAAGCAAUAAAGCUGCAACUCGUUUAGGAGACAUCUCAGAAAGGAAGUGCGAUAUGAAGGAAAAAUACUAUGGAAAAAAACUUAAACUUUUAGAAGAACAAAAUACUAUAUUUAAAAACAUAAAUACAUUACUCACUACAUUUAUGAACGAUAGAUCUCUUUAA